CUCAGCACCACGAAGCACUUCACAACACUCACCUCUGACCUCUCUCCCACUCCACCAAAAUGGCCACCACCGGCGACUCCUCCAAACCCACCACCCCAAACCCCACCACCAAGAAACGCAAACCCAGAAAACCCAAACUCACCACUGCCACCGCACAACACGUCAUUUCCAUCCUCAACACCGCCUCAUCAGCAGCCCACUCGUUCCUUUCCCAAAACGACCUCUACCUCCUCCCUUCCCAGUCCCUCCAGCUAGAAUCCCUCCUCUCCUCCCUCCCCCCUCCCUUCUCGCAGUUCCCUUCACAACCCUCCCUUUUCCACCGCUUCGUUUCAUCCGCCACCUUAGAUUUUGACCAACGUUGGGUCCAAUUCUUUCGCCUCUCAAGACCCAAUUUUUACCGCCUCCUUUCUCUCCUUUCUCCUUCCCUCGUUUUCUUUCUUCCAUCCACAAUCCCUCCAGAAACAGCUCUUGCAUCCGCCCUUUUCCGCCUCGCCCACGGCGCGUGUUAUAAAACUGUGGCGCGUAAGUUUGGUCUGGACUCCUCUGAGGCGUCCUGCCUUGCGUUUUAUUCAGUUUGUAAAGCUGUGAAUGAUAAACUUGGGGACUUGUUUGAGUUUCGCCGUGAUUUGGAGAGAAUUGUGGUGGGCUUUGGGUGGAUUUCGCUCCCAAAUUGCUGUGGUGCUUUGGGGUUUGGGAGGUUUGGGGUUGAUGGAGAGGUUUUUGGGAGAAAUGGGUCAAUAUUGGUUCAGGCUUUAGUGGAUUCUGAAGGGAGGUUUUUGGAUAUUUCUGCAGGGUGGCCUAGUAGUAUGGAGCCAGUAGCGAUUUUUAGACAAACUAGACUUUAUUUGGGUGUUGAGGAUUCAAGGGAGUCGGAGUUGUUAAAAGGGCCAACUUAUAUGCUAAGCGAUGGCUGUUCAAUCCCUCAGUAUGUAAUGGGAGAUUCUUGUUUCCCAUUAUUGCCUUGGUUGUUAACUCCUUACAGUGAGCUGGAUAGUUUUGGUUCAGCGGAGAGAGAGUUCAAUGUGGCACAUAGUAGAGCAAUGAAGUUGGUUAGUACUGCGUUUGGGAGAGUUAAGGCGAGGUGGCAACUUUUGGCAAGGAGGUGGAAAGAGGAUAGUUUGGAGUUUUUGCCUUUUGUGAUUGUUAUGGGGUGUGUAUUGCAUAAUUUCUUGAUUAAGUGGGGUGAGCCAUUGCCGGAGGAGAGUGUGGGUGGGUGCUUAAAAGAGGAAGAAUUGCUGGUUUUUGAGGGAGAGGGAGAUGAGACUGGGCAGACGAUUAGGGAUGCACUUGCACAGCACUUGAGUCUGGCCAGUAUGAGGAAAUGAAUGGUAUAAAUUGUUAUGUUCUGUCCUUGCAGUCCUUUUCUCAUUUCUUGAUGAAUAAUUGUUGCUGUAGUCCACCUUGCUUUUCUGUAAAUAAAUAACUGUUCUUUUUAGCA